ACAUGUGAUAUUGGAAGAUAUUCAUUAACUUUGCCCUUCACAGCAGUUUGCAAGAUGUCGGUACAGGGUGAAGUUGACACAAUAGUGAUCGGAGCAGGAAUACAGGGCUCUUACACAGCGUACCACCUGUCCAGGCACGGCAAGACGCUGCUUAUAGACCAGUUUGCUUUGCCUCAUGCCCGCGGGAGUUCCCACGGACAGACUCGAAUUAUUCGGAAAGCUUACGCCAAGACUUACUACACAGCCAUGGUGACAGAAUGCUACCAGCUCUGGAAGCAACUGGAAGCUGAAACCAACACGGAACUCUUCAGGCCAACAGGGCUCUUGGUUCUGGGGAAAGAGGAGAACCCAAACUUUCAGAACAUGAAGUCCACCUUGAUGGACAACAACGUGCCCAUGAGCACAUUAACAUCUGCCGAUAUUUCAAAGCGAUUUCCAGCUGUCAAUCUGCCAAGAGAUGUCUCCGCUCUCCUCGACAAAACAGCUGGCAUCUUGUACGCCGAUCGAGCCUUGAAAAAUGUGCAGGAUUUGUUCCGGAGAUUUGGAGGAAUCGUUCGCGAUGGUGAAAAAGUUGUUCAAAUCCAACCUGGAGAUCUGGUUACCGUGACAACCACUGCGGGAAUUUACAGAGCAAAACGCCUGGUGAUAACUGCUGGACCUUGGACAAAUAAACUGUUGAACCUUGUGGGACUGCAGCUUCCACUCGAGACAUUGAAGAUUACGGUUUGUUACUGGAAGGAGAAAAUCCCUGGAACGUACGGAAUUUCCAAGGGUUUUCCCUGCUUUAUGAGGAUAAACAGCGAUCCAGAUGUACAUGAGUUCUAUGGACUUCCUUCCAACGAAUACCCCGGACUGAUGAAGGUGUGCUAUCACAGUGGGAGCGGAGUGGACCCAGAUGAACGUGACGUUAGUUUUCAACGGCCUUCCCAGGACGUGGACCUUUUGAGAGACUUUCUGUCGAGGGAGUUCCUUGGUCUGGACCCCAAUCCCGCUGUGGUUGAAUCCUGCAUGUACACAAAUACUCCCGAUUAUGAUUUCAUUCUGGAUCAUCAUCCUGACCACAAGAACAUCAUCGUUGGGGCUGGAUUCUCAGGUCAUGGGUUCAAGCUUGCUCCGGUGGUUGGGAAAGUCCUUUCGGAACUCUGCCUCGGAGAGAAGCCGUCGUACGAUCUUUCUCCUUUCAAAAUCUGUCGCUUCCGCUUGAAGUCUGUGCUCUAGGGCAAAGGGGGAAAGAUUUGAACAUUAACUCACGUUAAUAAUUCACGCAGGGAAAUUAUUUUAUCACGCAAAAUGACGGCGCAAAGUAAAGGUUCCUGGUUCGGGAAAUAGAGGAAUUUGUGUAAAUUUUUUGUUUUUGGGAAACUACCUGGAGAAUAAGAAUAUGCAGUUAAUUAAAUGAGAAAACACAAAGCUGAUCG